UUUGAGUGCAGUGGUGAACUGAACUGAAUGGUGAGUGAGUUCGAGUGUUAGUGAUGGGGUUCAGAUCACAAGUCCUUCGUAUCUUGUUUCUCAUCUUCUUCAUCAUCACUCCCUCUUCACUUUCUCAGUCUAACCAGUUUUGUGAUGCUGGAAUUGGAUAUGGAGACUCCACGUGUGGAACUGGAAUUCCAUCAUCGAAGCUGUUGAUCAAGGGGGGCACGGUCGUCAAUUCUCACCACCAACAGGUUGCUGAUGUUUAUGUGGAGGAUGGAAUCAUUGUUGCUGUCAAUCCUGAUAUCGGGGUUGGAGACGACGUGACUGUGAUAGAUGCCACUGGCAAGUUUGUCAUGCCAGGGGGCAUUGAUCCUCAUACCCACCUAGAGUUUGGGUUUAUGGAUUAUGUAAUGAUAGAUGACUUCUUCAGUGGUCAGGCUGCAGCAUUAGCUGGUGGGACAACAAUGCACAUUGACUUUGUUAUACCAGUUGAUGGGAGUUUAACAGCUGGUUUUGAAGCCUAUGAAAAGAAGGCAAAGAAGGCUUGCAUGGAUUAUGGUUUCCAUAUGGCUAUUACCAAAUGGGACGAAACUGUUUCAAGAGAAAUGGAGCUCAUGGUCAAGGAGAAAGGUAUCAACUCUUUUAAGUUUUUCAUGGCAUACAAAGGAGCUCUUAUGAUCAAUGAUGAGCUUCUUCUGGAAGGAUUUAAAAAGUGCAAGUCCCUCGGUGCCUUAGCCAUGGUCCAUGCAGAAAAUGGAGAUGCUGUGUAUGAAGGGCAAAAAAAAAUGAUAGAACUUGGAAUAACUGGUCCUGAGGGGCAUGCUCUUUCAAGGCCUGCAGUGGUAAAUUCUCAAUUUUUUCUUCUAUAAAGAAUCUACAGAAUAAUGGAAUGCAAAUGUUAACCACUGUCUGGUUUCAUUUUACCCUCUUCAUUG